CCUUAUCACUGCUUAUACAGCCAACACAUACACACACACACACACACACACACACACACACACACACACGUCAAAUACCCGCCUAAACACACACAUCACAUUCACAAAAAGAUAGCUUCUUUAGACUCCAAAGCCACAAAGCUCGCCGACAAACUAAAACCAAAUGUCACCGAUCCCUAAAGAAGGAAGCAAACGAAGGAGAGGCGGGGCUUGAGUGUCAUUGGUUGACGCUGAGCAAUCUGUCAGUCGUCCCGGGGCAAACUCUGGUUUAUAAAGAGACGAGAUCGGUCCGUGCGUUUGGAAAAGGAACGCAUCCGACAAACUGUUGACAAGCCUUCUUCAAGAGGCGCAUCCCUGGAAAAGAAACAAAUAGACUAACUGUGAUAGGAUACAGAUAUAAAGAAAGAUAUUUAACUGACAAGUUGUUGAGAAGACUUGGAGUCAAAGUAGACGAGCACCAUCGACUGUUUGAAAGACAGAAGAAGCUUAGAAAGUACCUGAAACAACUCAAAUAUCUAGAACAAGCUGAUUGAUUGGAGAUCAACGGACAGACUUUAAAAUCAUCUCGGCGAAUGUCUACGUGUCCGACAGCAACAGGAAACGCUCUGAAACGUCAGAUUCAACGGAGAUUCAGAGGACCAGUGACUGUAAGAACUCCAGCGGAUUGAAUUGAGAUCAACGGACACACUUUUAAAUUAUCCUGGUGAUUGUCUACGUCUCCGACAGCAACAGGAAGUCGGACGGUUGCGAGGAAAAAGUUGAGCACAAGAAGAAACAACACAGUUUGAGAAAUCUUCUCCGAUCAAAAGCCUGACAGAGUUCAAAACGUUCCAAAGUGAAUUCCCUGUCCGUGAACAUAGAUCUGUGUGACAUUAAUCACUUGUGUAAGUGCUAGGUAACAGGCGCCAUGGUUAACCGUGCAGCUCUCGUGUCUGUGAUGAAGGUAUUGGUGAUGAUGCUGAUUGUUCUCGGGAUGGGAGUGAAGGCAGCGCCCACGGAGAGAGGCUUUGUGAAACCUGCUCCCAGUCUCACUGGAGCACCGACGCUCCCGGAGAAGUCUUCAGCUUUAAACCUCCUGAAACACCUGAAACUCAAAGUAGCCGGAGAGGAACCGACAACCAGAAUCACAGAAAAAACACCGAGCAGGACUCUGGCUGCACCCAGGCCAGAUAAUCGAUCCCAGAUGCUGAAGAUGAUCUCGGCUCUGGAGGAUCUGCACAGGACAAUGAACAGCACACUGAGCGCACGGAUCACCAUCAUGCCCCGAGCAAACGGCAGAAAUUCAGGAAGAAAAAACAAAGUGCUUCCUGCCACACCGGCGCCGGCGGCCGCCGACAGCACGGUGUCCAGAGCGAGCGCUGACGUCUUCAUCCCGAGUCUAACGGGACGAAACUUCAGGAAGUCCCUCCCCCCACAGACCAAGAAGACCAACAAGAGAGUGUGUUUCUGGAAGUACUGCUCCCAGAACUGAUCGUCUCUCAGCCGGUGUCUUCCUCCAAACUCCCCCAACUUUUCUUCCUCCUCAUCCAUCCAUCCAUCCAUCCAUCCAUCCAUCCAUCCAUCCAUCAGGUACAUAAAACAUCUGAAAUUUCUUUUGAAAAGUCGUCAAAAAACAGUGAAAAAAGCAAAAAAAAAAACCUUCUAAAAAAGCG